CCUCCUCUCAUCACAUCACAUAUAUAUAACACAACACAUCAUCUUCAUCGACAUCAGAUAACACAUAGGAAUUGUCAACUCUAUAUUAUUUACACUCACCGUUUUCUUAUGUCGAAUUAUAAAUUAUAGUGCUCCAGAAUUACACACAACUUUUGAAAAAAGAAAACCUUAAACUCUUGACUUACACACGAAAGGAUUAUUAUAAUUGUUGUUGUCGAUUGGUGAUAUUAAUUCUCCACGAAACUCUCGGCCUUUUUUGUUUUACACACCUUCUGCUUCUCUGGGCUUAUUAGAGAGUAGCAGAAGAAGAUGGAGGACAUUUGGGUUGUAUUUUGUGGAAAGCCUUGGAAUAGUGAUUGGGUAUCCCCGGCACAACCGUCGUCUUGUAUUAAUCAUGCAUUGAUAAUUUGUUUUGAUGUUAUGCUGCUGAUGUUCUUCCUAUUCACUCUGUUAACCAAGACAUCCUUAAAGUACACAAAUGUUCCUUUUCGCCUUUCGGGGUUCUCACGUUUACAGUUGACUUCUGCUGUUUUCAAUGGUUUACUGGGAGUACUGUAUUUGUCCUUGUUCAUUUGGGUGUUUGAAGAACAAGUGAAGAAAACCCAUUGUGCAUUACCACUGGAUGGGUGGUUACUGACCUUGUUUCAUGGGAUUACAUGGUUAACAGUAAGUUUAACAGCAAGCCUUAGGGGGAACCAUAUUUCAAGAACCCCAUUGAGGCUCUUGUCAGUUCUUGUUUUUGUGUUAGCUGGAAUUUUUGCUGGUAUGUCAAUCGUCGCGGCUGUUCUUGAGAAAGAGGUAACAGUAAAGAUAGCUCUAGAUGUUUUGAACUUUGUAGGUGCAUGUUUAUUGUUGUUAUGCACCUACAAGGGGCUGCGACAUCAUGAAGAGAGAGAUCAAAAUGGUCUUUAUGCUCCCUUAAAUGGUGCUGCCAAUGGGAUUAGUAAAAGUGAUUUUGCUAGCUCUGUCACUCCCUUUGCUAAAGCUGGAAUUCUUAAUAAAAUGUCGUUUUGGUGGAUGAAUCCACUGAUGAAGAAGGGAAAGCAAAAAACUCUCGAGGAUGAAGACAUGCCCAAAUUGGGUGAGGCUGAUCGUGCUGAAUCAUGUUACUUAAUGUUUGUGGAGCUAUUAAACAAACAGAAACAAGUUGAUCCCUCUUCUCAGCCUUCCAUUUUGAAGACAAUUGUGUUAUGUCACUGGAAGGAGUUAAUUGUGUCAGGAUUCUUCGCGCUACUGAAAGUAACUACUCUGUCUGCUGGUCCUCUGCUUCUUAAUGCAUUCAUUAAGGUUGCUGAAGGAGAUGCAGCUUUUAAAAAUGAGGGAUUUCUAUUGGUCAUUUUGCUUUUUAUAUCAAAGAACUUGGAAUCCUUGUCACAAAGGCAAUGGUACUUCAGGUGCAGACUUAUUGGUCUAAAAGUAAGGUCUUUACUUACAGCAGCCAUUUAUAAGAAGCAAAUAAGGCUAUCCAAUGCUGCUAAGCUGAUGCAUUCUAGUGGUGAGAUCAUGAACUAUGUAACUGUCGAUGCUUAUCGAAUUGGAGAGUUUCCUUUUUGGCUGCAUCAGACGUGGACAACGAGUGUCCAGCUCUGCUUUGCACUUAUCAUUCUCUUUCGUGCAGUUGGGCUUGCAACUCUUGCAUCCUUGGUAGUGAUUAUACUAACUGUGUUGUGCAAUACUCCGCUUGCAAAGUUGCAACAUAAAUUCCAGUCCAAGCUAAUGGUUGCACAAGAUGAUAGGCUCAAGGCUAUCUCAGAAGCUCUUAUUAAUAUGAAAGUAUUGAAAUUAUAUGCAUGGGAAACUCAUUUUAAGAGUGUCAUUGAAAAUUUGAGGAGAGUGGAAGAGAAAUGGUUAUCAGCUGUUCAGCUGCGAAAGGGAUAUAAUAGCUUCCUUUUCUGGUCAUCACCUGUUUUGGUCUCUGCUGCAACAUUUGGGGCUUGUUAUUUCCUAGGCGUUCCACUAUAUGCAAGCAACGUUUUCACCUUUGUAGCAACUUUACGUUUGGUUCAGGAUCCAAUACGAACCAUUCCUGACGUUAUUGGUGUGGUGAUUCAAGCCAAGGUUGCCUUUGCAAGGAUCGUCAAGUUCCUUGAGGCCCCGGAGCUGGAAAAUGAAAAUGUUAGGCAGACACACAACUUUGGAUGUACAGACCAUGCCAUAAUUAUGAAGUCAGCUAAUCUCUCAUGGGAAGAGAAUCCACCUCGACCUACUCUUAGAAACAUUAAUUUGCAUGUUAGACCUGGUGAGAAGAUUGCUAUAUGUGGGGAGGUGGGCUCAGGAAAGUCAACUCUUCUGGCAGCAAUUCUUGGAGAGGUUCCAAGUAUCCAAGGAACUGUUCAAGUUUUCGGAACAGUUGCCUAUGUCUCUCAGUCAGCAUGGAUUCAGACAGGGUCAAUACGAGAAAAUAUUUUGUUUGGUUCUCCACUGGAUAGCCAGAGAUACAAGCAAACUUUGGAGAAGUGUUCACUGUUAAAAGACCUUGAGUUACUACCAUAUGGUGAUCUCACUGAGAUAGGUGAAAGAGGAGUUAAUCUUAGUGGUGGUCAAAAGCAGCGCAUUCAGCUUGCUCGUGCACUGUAUCAGAAUGCUGAUGUAUAUCUCCUAGAUGAUCCAUUCAGUGCUGUAGAUGCCCAUACUGCUAGUAGCCUAUUCAAUGAAUACGUCAUGGAAGCUCUCUCAGAGAAGACCGUCUUACUUGUGACUCACCAAGUUGAUUUUCUUCCAGCUUUUGAUAUGGUUCUGUUAAUGUCAGAUGGAGAAAUUUUACAUGCAGCUCCGUAUCAUCAAUUAUUGGCCUCAAGUAAAGAAUUCCAGGACUUGGUUGAUGCACACAAAGAGACUGCUGGUUCAGAAAGGGUUGCAGAGGUUAAUUCUUCAUCAAGGGGGGAAUCAAAUACAAGAGAAAUUUGUAAGACUGAUACUGGUAAAAAAUCUGUAGCCCCGGGAGGUGAUCAGUUGAUUAAACAAGAGGAGAGAGAAGUCGGAGACACUGGAUUUACGCCUUAUGUUCAGUAUCUAAAUCAGAACAAAGGGUACUUGUUCUUUUCCAUUGCUAUGCUCUCGCACGUAACAUUCGUGAUUGGUCAGGUAAUUCAGAACUCCUGGAUGGCUGCAAAUGUUGAUAAUCCCCAAGUUAGCACUCUGAGACUGAUUGCAGUUUACUUGGUAAUUGGAGUUGUUUCAACGCUGUUUUUGCUCUCUAGAUCCCUAUCAACGGUUUUCUUGGGUUUGCAAUCAUCAAACUCCUUGUUCUCAGAGCUAUUAAAUUCUCUUUUUCAUGCUCCUAUGUCAUUUUAUGACUCUACACCUUUGGGGAGGAUAUUAAGCCGGGUCUCAUCAGAUUUGAGUAUAGUUGAUCUUGAUAUUCCAUUCAACUUGGUUUUCGCUUUCGGAGCUACCAUAAACUUCUAUUCGAAUCUUCUGGUGCUAGCUGUUGUGACUUGGCAAGUUCUGAUUAUCUCCAUCCCAAUGGUUUAUUUGGCCAUUCAGUUGCAGAAAUACUACUAUGCAUCAGCAAAAGAGUUAAUGCGGAUAAAUGGUACUACUAAAUCAUUUGUGGCUAACCAUCUUGCCGAAUCUAUUGCUGGAGCUGUGACUAUAAGGGCAUUCAAAGAGGAAGAUAGAUUUUUUGCGAAAACUUUUGAGCUAAUUGAUAUAAAUGCCAGUCCUUUCUUUCACAGUUUUGCAGCAAAUGAGUGGUUAAUUCAACGACUGGAAACUAUUAGUGCAACUGUUCUUGCAUCUUCGGCACUCUGCAUGGUUUUGCUUCCUCCUGGGACUUUCAGCCCAGGAUUUAUUGGGAUGGCUUUGUCGUAUGGUCUUUCCUUGAACAUGUCUCUUGUUUUUUCUAUUCAAAACCAAUGCACACUAGCAAAUUACAUAAUUUCUGUAGAAAGACUUAACCAAUAUAUGCACAUUCCGAGUGAAGCACCUGAGGUGGUUAAAGAGAACCGUCCACCAGUCAAUUGGCCUACAAGGGGUAAAGUUGAAAUUCAAGAUUUGCAGAUCAGAUAUAGGGAAGAUUCCCCGCUUGUUCUUAGGGGGAUCAAUUGUACAAUCGAAGGAGGCCAUAAAAUUGGUGUUGUUGGCCGGACUGGCAGUGGCAAAACUACACUCAUUGGUGCACUAUUUCGAUUAGUGGAGCCAUCAGAUGGAAGGAUUUUGGUAGAUGGAAUUGACAUUUCUAAAAUUGGUCUUCAUGAUUUAAGGUCCCGUUUUGGGAUUAUACCUCAGGACCCCACACUCUUCAAUGGAACAGUAAGAUACAACAUGGAUCCCUUAUGUCAGCAUACUGAUGAGGAAAUAUGGGAGGUUCUUGGAAAGUGUCAGCUAAAAGAGCCAGUCGAGGAAAAAGAGAAGGGGCUUGACUCAUUGGUUGUGGAAGAUGGAUCUAACUGGAGCAUGGGGCAACGACAAUUGUUCUGUUUGGGACGUGCUCUUUUGAGGAAAGCUAAGAUUUUGGUGCUUGAUGAAGCAACUGCAUCAAUUGACAAUGCCACUGAUAUGAUAUUGCAGAAAACUAUCAGGACUGAAUUUGCUAACAGCACUGUUAUUACAGUAGCUCACAGGAUACCUACAGUAAUGGAUUGUACAAUGGUUCUGGCCAUUAGUGAUGGGAAACUAGUGGAGUAUGAUGAACCUAUGAAGCUGAUGAAGAAAGAAGGUUCACUAUUUGGGCAGCUUGUGAAGGAGUAUUGGUCUCAUUAUCACUCGGCUGAAUCUCAUUGAAGCUGACUGUGCAUUUGCAACAUCAUUUUUGGCCCAACAAUAUAUCCUGUAUAGUGGCAACUGUUUUGGAUGCACGAACGAGGCACCAUUAGGGCAGAGCUGAACGCAAUGUUAAUUUUCAUAAGCAUGUGAAUUUAAUCUGGCAAAGGAGUCUAGAAUGGCACAAACCAAUGUGGGGAAUUCGUGAGCAAGAAGAAAAAAGGCAGUGCUCCAAAUUCUAUACUGCAAUUUGGAUAGCUCGACAGGUGGCCAGUGUGAACUGUAGCUUAUGUCAAGUCUUCUUGAUUUUGUACCAUUUCACAUCAAAUGUAUGCUCACCUAUGUAUAUGUUCCAACAGUAUAAAUUUAGUUCUCUCGUAA